CCUAUCUUAAAAGGAGGAGAAAACGAAAAUGAAAUUUCUGGCGCCUGUCUGCCCGCCCCCUGAUAAGGCCGGCGAGAGAGAGAGAGAGAGAGAGAGAGAGAGAGAGAGAGAGAGAGAGAGAGAGAGAGAGAGAGAGAGAGAGAGAGAGAGAGAGAGAGAGAGAGAGAGAGAGAGAGAGAGAGAGAGAGAGAGAGAGAGAGAGAGAGAGAGAGAGAGAGAGAGAGAGAGAGAGAACCUCUCUGCAGGUGCAGCCAUGGCGAAGCCCGUCUCCAUCCAGGUGUGGAACCCCAGCGGCAAGUACCGCGUGGUGAGCACCAAGUCCAUGCCGGGCACACGAUGGAUCCGCCUGCUCACCGACAACGACUGCCGCCUUGAGAUAUGCACCGAGCACAAGACCAUCCUCUCCGUGGACGACAUCCUGGCGCUCAUCGGCGAUCGCUGCGACGGCGUCAUUGGACAGCUCACCGAGGACUGGGGGGACGUGCUCUUCUCUGCGCUCAAGCGCGCCGGAGGCACGGUCUUCAGCAACAUGGCCGUCGGCUACAACAACGUCGAUGUCGAGGCUGCCAACAGGAAUGGCAUCGCAAUCGGCAACACGCCGGGCGUUCUGACGGAGACGACGGCUGAGCUCGCCGCCUCCCUCUCGCUGGCGGCAGCCAGGAGGAUCGUCGAGGCUGACCAGUUCAUGAGGGCUGGCCUCUAUGACGGAUGGCUCCCACACCUGUUCGUUGGCAACCUGCUCAAGGGCCAAACUGUUGGAGUCAUUGGAGCUGGUCGCAUUGGCUCCGCCUAUGCACGCAUGAUGAUUGAGGGUUUCAAGAUGAACCUCAUCUACUACGACCUGUAUCAGGCCACACGUCUUGAGAAUUUCGUCACAGCAUAUGGGCAGUUCCUCAAAGCAAACGGUGAGGAGCCUGUCACCUGGAAGAGGGCCGCCACCAUGGAGGAUGUCCUCAGGGAGGCUGACGUGAUAAGUCUGCAUCCGGUGCUGGACAAGACCACCUACCAUCUGAUAAACCCCGAGAGGCUGGCCAUCAUGAAGAAGGAGGCUGUUCUUGUGAACGCAAGCCGAGGGCCCGUGAUCGAUGAGGCCGCGCUGGUGGAGCACCUCAAGGCUAACCCCAUGUUCCGCGUUGGCCUCGAUGUCUUUGAGGAUGAGCCUUACAUGAAACCUGGACUCGCUGACAUGAAGAACGCCGUCGUGGUACCGCACAUCGCAUCAGCCUCCAAGUGGACACGCGAGGGAAUGGCAACCCUGUCUGCUCUCAACGUUCUUGGUAAGAUCAAGGGGUACCCUGUGUGGGGGAACCCCAAUCAGGUGGAGCCCUUCUUGCAGGAGAAUUUGACGCCACCGCCUGCCUGCCCAAGCAUCGUUAAUGCCAAACAAAUUGUAUGUUGCAGGCCUGCCAUCGGCAAAGCUUUAGGAGCGAACACUGACAGGCUGGUAUCUACAUGUUGAAGAUGUGUCGUCGUCGUCUCCACCACGCGCACAUAUAUGUACAUGCAUGUGGAUUGAGGUCAUGCAUCUGCAGAGCAGGUAGCACAUAUUAAUUUGGAUCAUAUAUAUUGACCAAUACACACUGUAUGCUAGAUUGCUAGGUUGCUGUGCAUGGAUCAUAUUGAUCAAUGACGACCAGGCCUCCCUCCGUUUCCCUUCUAUAUUUAGGACCUAUUUGGUUCCUUAAGUCCAAUUUGGUUCCUUAA